UUUAUGCACUUCAUGUUAUCGAAGAUGCAAUAGGUCAUGACCUAUAUUUUGAUAUAAAACUAUUUUGUUUCUAAUGUGCACAGUUCAACAGUAACACCCAUUCAGACAAGAAACCAGUAACAAACGAAGAAGACGAUGAAAACUGCUGUCCUAUUUUUCUGCUUUUGCAUUGUAGCAAGCAGCCAAGUCUAUGGUAACCUUCUUGCAGCGAAUAUAGAAGGAAGACCAGUAGAAGCAAGACCAAAACCUUUUACAAAAGUGGAUUGUAGUCUCGGUGUACACCAAGAUGAUGGACCCGUAUGUUUAGCCUAUAUCCCUGUAUACAGAUGGAGCGGCGCUGAACAAAAAUGUGUUAAAGACGUCUACGGAGGCUGCCGUCCGACCAAUAAUAACUUCAAUACCGAGCAAGAUUGUAUCAAAACGGCCACUCCAGUUUGUUCUAAUUAAUUGUAUAUCCAUGUGCAUUAUAAAAACUUAUUGGAUUUUAUAAAAAUAAUAAAAAAAUUAAGUGCU